AUCAGGCGCAGCGGUUCCUUUUUUUGCCAAAAGGUUUUCAUGCUUUAGUGUCGACACAAAUCUCCUGGGACGCGCGCGCUGCGCAGUCAUGGCACGUUUGAGCACGAAGCUCAAAUCCCGUUUAAUCCAGAAGCGUUGGAGCGCGUUAACGCGCGGCUCGCCGAUCGUAUCGACCCACCCGCGCUGUCCAUGGUGCUGAAACCCACUCCGUCAAACAUAAAACACGAAUAGUGGUACUCAUUCAUUUUAAAUAUUAGCUACUCUAUGCGUAAACAUCACAUGAAUCUUAUUUGCUAUAAGUAAAAAGCGGCAUUUUAGCAGUGCAGUGUGUUGCAUAAACGCAUGUAUGCGUGUGUGUUAAACCGUUAUACAUGUCUUACGCGUCCCCUCCUCGCGUGUAAAGUGAAGUGUGUUGAUGAGAUGUUAGAAUGAUGCUGGAAAGGGUCCUCCUGCGUCUCCUCCCCUCCCUCCUGUUCUCCGCUCCUCAGCUCCACUCCUCAUUUCCCGUUCACCCACGAGAAGAGCUCCAGCCGUCCAGCAUCAUGUCCUCAGACGUCCAGCUGCGUGACCAAACGGACCCACAGACCACCUGCGACCCGGAGAGCGAAGACCCCGAGAGCGACUGAGAGCAGGUAGGUGCCUGAAAUCAUAAGUCCUGCUAAUAGGAAACAGAUCAGCUGUACCUGUGUCCGGACACCAUGGAUACAAUAAACUUCACCUUCUGGAAUGCAUCUGAGGGCAACGAGACGACAGAGACAGUGGACGAGAGUCCAUAUAAGACAGUGGAGGUGGUGUUCAUUGUACUGGUGGCCGGCUCACUCAGUCUGGUCACUGUGAUCGGGAACAUUCUGGUCAUGCUCUCCAUCAAGGUGAACAGGAGCCUGCAGACCGUCAACAACUACUUCCUGUUUAGCCUGGCCUGUGCUGACCUCAUCAUUGGCCUUUGCUCUAUGAAUUUGUAUACAGUCUACAUUGUGAUUGGAUACUGGCCACUCGGGCCGGUUGUGUGUGAUUUGUGGUUAGCGUUGGACUAUGUGGUGAGCAACGCUUCGGUCAUGAACCUUUUGAUCAUCAGCUUUGAUCGUUACUUUUGUGUCACCAAGCCGCUAAGCUACCCAGUAAAGAGGACGACCAAAAUGGCGGGGAUGAUGAUUGCGGCCGCCUGGGUGUUGUCCUUUAUCCUCUGGGCCCCAGCCAUCCUGUUCUGGCAGUUUAUCGUUGGUGGGCGAACAGUGCCGGAGAAAGAGUGCUACAUUCAGUUCUUUUCGAACGCGGCGGUCACGUUCGGCACGGCCAUAGCCGCUUUUUACCUACCGGUCAUCAUUAUGAUGGUGCUGUACUGGCAGAUCUCCCGGGCCAGUAAGAGCCGCGUCAAGAAAGAGAACCGGAAGCCGUCGGGCGCCAUCCCUGACGUGGCUUCUCCGAGUCAGACCCGCGAAAACACCACCAACAAACCUACCAACAACAACGUGCCGGCCGAAGAAGCGGAUAGAGGUCAGACCCAGAUCACAGAUGACGCGGCCAACCAACACGACGCCAAACUUCAGAACGGCAAAGCACCGUCUACGGCCAGCGGAGAAGCGGAAGCGGAGGAGGUAGUACACGGAAACUGCGUCCCCGCCGAGGAGAAAGAAAGCUCCAACGAUUCCACCUCAUGCAGCGGAGCCGUAACGAAUCAGAAAGAGGAAGCGGCACCGUCUACAGCCAAUGACGGCCAGGCUCCCGUCAGGCACCGCGCCAAGCCUGGAGGUUCCAAACUUACUUGCAUCAAGAUCAUCACCAAAUCGCCCAAAGGAGAUUGUUACGCCCCCUCGAAUGCGACGGUGGAGAUCGUUCCAGCAACCGAGAGGCAGAACCACGUGGCGAGGAAGAUCGUGAAGAUGACCAAGCAGCCGCCCAAGAAGAAAAAAGCGCCGCCUUCUCGGGAAAAGAAGGUGACGCGCACCAUCAUGGCCAUCCUGGUGGCGUUUGUGGCUACGUGGACGCCCUACAAUGUGAUGGUCCUCAUUAAUACCUUCUGCUCCAGCUGUAUUCCCAACACGGUGUGGACCAUUGGAUACUGGCUCUGUUACAUCAACAGCACCAUCAACCCCGCCUGCUACGCCCUGUGCAACAUCACCUUCAAAAAGACAUUCAAACAACUGCUGCUCUGUCAGUAUAAAAAUAUACGCUCCACUCGAUGAGCAGCAAUGUAUGUGUGUGCGUGUGCAUGCAUGUAUUUCUAUAUUUUCCAUGUGUGUUUUGUGAAAAAGGUAUGACAAACGAAUGAUCGUGUGACUGUCCGAAGUCUUGUUCACACCGACAUUAAACGGCUGGAAGUCACCGAGUCUCGUAGGUAACUGCGAUAUGCAGCUGUAUAAAUCCCACCGUAGUCCGUGCAUCAUUUACAUAAAGCUGAACUCUGCUCAAUUUUCCCAUCGCUGGUACUGUAUGUCAGUGUCAAUUACCAGCUCUCAUUGAAAAUGAGUGACUUCCAGCCGCUGCAAAUCGCUGUUAGUGUGAACGGCCAUUAAAGAGUGAGAUUGAAAAGUGUUGGGGUAAUGAGUGAAUCUACCCCACAACUCUGCAAAAUGUCUCCAGACCCGUCAUUCACAAAGUUUUACGAAUCCCCAGAUCCUUGUUUGGUGAAUCUCAUUACGCUUUCAGUUACCAAUAAGGCUGGAAUACGCUCAGCUCCAUUUAACACAGUUUAAAAAUUGGGUUUAAACCCAGUCGACAGAUUUUCUUUUGAAACCACUGUAGAAACACAAACGUCUGGGCCUGUGAUGUAUGUGUGCGUGUGUGUGUGUUCAUUGUUUUUUAUAGAUAAUAUUAUUGUAGCACUUUACACACAUAGAUGUGAUGCAUGUCUCAAAAGAAGGAAUGAACUGCUCAACUAUUUGAUUCAUUGUUAAAAUGACAAAUAAUUCAGUUGGUCAGAUAAGAGUCUGUACUAUAAUACACAAAUAAGGGACACAGGGCUGACUGAAGAUCCAAACCAAAUGUGUUUGAGCUUCAGUAUAAAAUCAUUACCUGUAUAUAAGUGUACAGUACAUUAUGAAGUAGUGUGUUUGUGUUGAGUGUGUGUGUGCUAGCAUGCUGAAUGAUGUCGGAGAGGUUGAUUUAAAUAGGAUAUCUUUUAAAGCUCAUUUAUAGUCAUUUCACGUCUCUACUCUGAUGUAUUUCUGAGUAACACAAUAUUUUAUAAAUGUAAGAUGAAAAGUAUCUGAUGCAUCACAGAAGAGAGGCAUGUGUGAAUUAGUACUUAAAAAAAAUUGUACAAAGACAUUUUAUUUUGGAAUAACGUGCACUAAUAAAUCCUGCACAAUAUGAUGGGAACGAUUUUCAUUUUGACAUUGACUAAAACUUUGGAUCAAAUGGAGUGUUGCGACAGGUAGUCGGUGCCGUGUGUGUGUGUGCUCUCUCAGAGAUGUGGAGAGGCUCUCGGCUGUGCCCGUAUGUUAAAGUGGAUGAGUUUUGAGUGCUCGGGGGCUCCGGGGAUGCAAAUCUAAACCUUUUAAAGUGAGCAGACAUGCAGGAUAAAGAGGCUCUCACAGACACGCACACAUUAGCAUCCAGCUCACCUCUGCUUUGCAUUUACACAAAACAGUUCACUCGUGGCUGAGCUGAAAAAUGAAAACACCAGCCACAUACAGAGCGAAAAGUGUGGUGAUUUACAUCUAAUACUCCAUAGUUAGCGGCCAAACCGUAAAACACCUCUCAGAGUUCUUAUUAAAAGGGCGAACGAUUUUUGGCUCAUUGUAAAUGACAUGAGACGCUGAAAACGUAUCCUUUUGUGUAGUCUGCGUACACGUGCCGCUCUAAUGACCUGAUCAUACUCUGAUCUCUCACUUCAUGAUCUGCCUGCAGGCGCUUGUGUUUGUUUUGGGAAUUUUGCUCCUGUCUCCCAAAGCGGUUUUUGUAUGUAUGUGUAUGCGCAUGUGUGUGGGUGUGCGUUUGUGUGAUUGAUUACCCCGGAAAGGGGUUUAAACUAAAUCACAGGUUUUGGCCUUGUGAAUUUAAAGGGCUAAAGUAUAUAAGCUUUCUCAUCUCGUCACGAGCCACUGUGUCACCAUACGUCAGUUUUGAUUCAUUAAAAUCAGACAUACAGAAUCCUGCCUGAAGCAGAAGAUUAUGGGAUCAAUCAAUCAGUUGAUCAGAGACGUGCAGCUCAGACAUAUGACAGUGAUGAAUGUUGAGGGAAUACUGUAGAUCUCAAGCCGGGAGAUGAGCUUUGAUGUCUUGUUUGUUUUGUAGGAGAUGUUCUUGUACUUUCCUCGCUUGAUGAUUACUGUAAUUCUGAAACUGAAAUCUACAAAUGUUCAGAGUCUCAUGUGGUUAAAGACACUUACAUGUACCGUGGUAACCGUAGUUUUUGCAAAAAUACCAAAUAUGCUACAAUUUUUUGGGGAAAUCAUAAUGAAUAACCAUAUAACAAUAAAUAUAACCUAUUUUUCACUGUCAAAGUGCACUGUAAAAAAUUUGCUGUAAUUUUGCAGCUGGUUGCCAGUAACUUACUGUAGAAGAUAAAGUCUAAAAAUGUUUCAUGUUCAUUUAACUUUGAACAAAAUGUUGCCAGUAAAUAACAUAAAUGUAAAAUCUACAGUAAGUUACCGGCAGCUAGUUGCCAGUAAUACCCAGUAAUACUGUAAUUUCUACAGAAUUUUUUUACAGUGUGUUAAUACCAUAUUGCCUCUGUUUUACCAUAGCAGUUAAUAUCUCUACACUUCUCUAUCUUUUUUGAGAUGUGUGAGGUUUUCAUUUGCUCUCAUUUUAGUCUUAUUGUUAUCUAAUAUAAGAAACAACUGAGCUAUUACUGUAAAGUGUUCUCAUUUGGGAUUUUUCCUUCCUUUGUAAAUAAUUCUUGAUAUUUUGGUGGUUACCAAUGUACAUGUUUGUAAAUGGAUGGAGCCUUAUUUCUUCUAGCAUUAUCAUAUUUUUUUCUUUUAGCUCCAAAACUUUUAUUGUAGUAUCAUUAUAGAGGUGAUUCACAUAAUGUUGUCGUGGCUCUGUGUGUGUGUGUGUGUGUGUGUGUGUGUGUGUGUGUCAGAGUAUAACAUGCACAGUGAUAUUAUUCUUUGUUUAAAGUAUUACUGCUGUGUGUCCAUAUUUACAUAUAUUCAAAUACAGGACAGUGCAAAAGUCUUAGGCCACCAUUAGAUUUGUUGUUUAUGUAAUGGUAUAAUGACCAUAUAUAAAUAUGGUCUCUUUAUUUGAAUACAAACAGAAAAUGCAUGAAAUUUAUAACAAAAAGGAAAAAAUAUUUUUUGUUAGUGUUUAUUGUGAUCUCUCCUUACACUUGAGCGAUAACCAGCAGGAUCUCUUAAACCGAAAUGAAAUGAUAUCCUAAUUUCUAAUCUAAUGAUGCGAUUAAGCACUUUCAGUCUCUUUCAUGUGUUUAGUGCCAAGAGAGGUCGCGUGAAAUACUAACUUUUACCUGAAGACAUUUCUUUGUUCUGAAUAUUGUUUUUUACAUUUCAUGUACAUGUUUCCUGUAUUUUCUGUUUGUAUCUUAAAAAAUAAAUAUGGAUGAACAUUAAAACCUCUAAACUGCUAAAACAGCUGGUAGUGGGCCGCGUUUGAGGCGUCAAAAUCGCGUCUACUGCGUCUAGUUAGCCCCUUGAACAUUUUGACUUUACUCGCUUUAUUCACGCGUGAAAGCCGCACGUGAAAUUCUAGUCAUCGAGACAUUCACGCGGAAAUUGGCGUCAUGGGAGGGCCUUCCAUAGGCUUCUGCGGCCCUGUCCCAAAUGGCGCACUUCAUGUGGACUUUCGGUCUUGUGGCCUUACAUUGCACGUGCUCACUUAGUCUACAAGUCCGUAGGGUGUCUCAUCUGUCAUUUUUACACUUCGAAGUGUGCUCAUCAGCACCCCCUUUGCACCCUUGAUGCGUUCUUCGCUUCGCGUCACUUUACCAACCCAGAAGUCCUUGCGAAAGAGCAAUCAGACCAAUCAGACGAUGGAAGGGAGGAGUUCACACUGAUGGGCAACUUCUCUACCUAUUUCCGGCAUGACGCUCGAGUCUGUCCCAAAAUAUGACUCCGGUGCGCCCUAUUGGACUUGUAUCAUGGGUUCCUAAAGUCUGCACUACAUGAUGUCAUCAAAGUGUGGACUCUGAGGAGGACCACAAGUCUGGAGUGUGCCAUUUGGGAUAGGGGCUAAGACUCCGCUCGCUUCCUGUAAUCACGUCACUACUAGAGCAGGCUCCUGAUUGGUUAACGCAGCACGUUUGUCCGCCAAAGUUCACAUUUUUCAAAUUAGCGAAUGACUGUGGGUUUACACCAGACGCGAGUUCAACGAUUUGCGCAAGUAGAUUACAUAAAGUCAAUGGAAAGACAUGUUCAGACGAGUCCUAGCGUGGGGCGAUGCGAAUGACGCGAUAUGGGCGCCGCGUCUACCGCGAAAACACGCACU